CUCUCAAGGCUCAACAUAGAUCCGAGUCCUAUGGCCGUAUCAACGACCAACAUAUAUACUAUGGUAAAUACCUUAUAACAUCUCAAGGCUGUGGCCAUCAUACACACACUCUCGGCAAGAGUCGAAGCUUAAUUCUUUCAACAUCAUAGAUUUCUGGGACCAACCUCUGAUACAGAAUCAUGUCUUCGAAAUUGACAGUCCUCAUUAUCGGUUGCGGGAUUGCUGGUCCUGUGCUUGCCAACUUCUUGCAGCGCAAAGGCUACAACCCUAUCGUCUUUGAGAAAGUGCCUCAAUUGGGAGAUGCGGGAGCGUCCCUGCUUCUGAUGCCAAACGGCAUCAAAGUGCUCAGCUUGGUCGGGGUGACUUCUGAAUUAGAAAAAGACUCGAUUGAUCUAUCUGGGUUUCUAGAGCUCUCGUCAGACGGAGAGCAACUUGGUUUUUCUACCCUUCCGACCACUUUCAGAGAAAAGUACGGCGAGGCAUCACUCGGUGUGAAGCGAACCGACAUUAAUUUGAAGCUUAAGGACAUGAUCAUUAAGCAAGGCAUCGACAUCCGGGAAGGAUGGGAGUUGGAAGAUAUUCAAGAGAACGAGAGCUCGGUUACAGCUUUCUUCAAGGACAAAGGGCCUGUUACAGGCUCCUUCCUAAUUGGCUGUGAUGGUAUCAAAGCCGCAUCGAGGCGACUCCUCCUCGCGCAGAAAGGCCUGACGGAAGGUCUUCCAGACUUCAUGGGCAUGACACAGACUGCCGGACUUUCAUCAACCCCUGAGGCAUUGAAAAAGAUUCCUGCAAAGACAAAUUGGUAUGGAGAAGGUGUUCACGUUAUCUCCUACCCUGUUUCCGCCGAUGUCACUUCCUUUGCAGUGACACUACCAGAAGCAUCAGGUCAAGAGGCGGAUUGGGGUUUGGUCAGUGAGCAGGAGAUGAGUCAGAGGAAAGAGAAACUCUUGUCUCAAUUGUCUCUGUGGAAGGAUCAAACUCCCCGCCAGCUGGUUGAAGGUGCUUUUAGGAUGAUCAAAUUUGGACUGUUCGACCGUCAAGAUCUGGGAGCAGAGCACUGGUAUUCUCGACGUUGUGUCUUGGUGGGCGACGCUGCACACCCCACAAGUCCCCACCUUGGGCAAGGUGCUAAUCAAGCUCUGGAAGAUUGUUUCCAUCUCAGCCACGCUCUGCCAUACCUCGACUCACAGAGUGACAGCUACCAAAGCGACGUCCAGAAGCUGGAGAGCUCCCUCGUGGACAUUUUCAGGGCGUAUGCAGAAAAGAGACAGCCGCGGACUUCGGUAUUGGUCAAAGGAGCGAGAGCACAAGGGAAGCAGCGUGUAAUCACAACCGGUCCAGAAGACUGCAAGCGGAGGAACCAACAAUUAGCUAAGGCUUGCAGUGAUGAGGCUGCUCUCGCGGCCACAUAUGACGCACUUUUGCGGGAACCCUUUCAAGGCUCUCCAGUGUAGCUAGGAUACUGAUCCCAGAAGUUGAUAUGUAACGUUUAGCGAAUAGACUUUCAAAG